AUGGCAUCUAACGAUUCUACAUUCGCUGAAUGGCUGUGGCAAUCCAAUAUAAAUCCAUAUUCUACAACUGAAAAAGAAGAAUGGUGUAGUUAUACGGAAGAAGAAUGCAGCAUUAUCGAAGAAGCGUAUGUAAAUGGUGACAAUCAUGUUGUUUUGAAGAAUCACUACAUCGAUUUUGCGAAGGCUUUACAGAUUUCUAUACAAAACCCAACGCGAAGACGACCUGUCAAACGAGUAGUGCAUAACAAAGAGUUGUGGAUAAAAAAACAAGGAAAACUGGGUGAAGGUGCUUUUGGAAAGGUUUAUAAAGGAACUUAUCGAGGAUAUCAAGAAGUAGCUUAUAAAGUUACAAAAACUCACUUAUCUGAAGCAGCUCAAUGUGAAACAAAUAUUCUCAAAACACUUCAUCACCCAAAUAUUGUUCAAUAUAUUGACGUCAUUCAUACAUCAACACAUACACUUCUGGUUAUGGAAUUAAUUGAUGGAGGUACUCUAUUUAAUUACAUCACAAAUACACGCAAGUCGACGAGUUACUGGAGCACCAGUCGAAACGUGAUGACCGAUGUGGCUUACGCUAUGUCGUAUUUACAUGAAAAAAAUGUUGUUCAUGCGGAUUUAAAGAGCGACAAUAUUCUUUUGCGAAAUAACGGCACAGCAGUUCUUUCUGAUUUCGGUCUUUCAAAGAUAAUCGAAGAUUCAUCAUUCUAUCAGAAUGAUUCACACACAGGAGCUAUUCGAUGGCUUGCACCAGAACUAUGCUUUAAUCAUCCAGAAAGAAGUUCAUUUCAAUCCGAUGUUUGGGCAUUCGGAUGUGUUUUACUUGAAAUAAUGACAAAGAAACUGCCAUGGCAGGAUAAAUACGAAAAAAACACAACGCUUAUGAAUGCUUUGGCUAACGAAAGGAACGGGUCGAUUUUCCAAGAGAUUUGCCGUGAACAAGAAGCGCCAGAAAAAUUUCGGCGAAUCUUGUGCGCCUGUUGUACCUGGCCCAAACGCAAUCGGCCAACCUUCGAGAAAAUUAUUAAAGAUUUUCGUUCUAUAUCCAACAGUGACCUAGACAACCACAACGAACGGCAAGCGACAUCGAAUUCAUCAAGUAUGUUUCGCUCUUCACAUCAUGCGGACGAUGAAAACCAUUGGCGAACUAUGUCAGCAAAAACUGCUGGGAAAAGGCAGGAUAAAUUUGCGAAGAAAGCAUUGUACAGUUCUGACGACGAUGACGAUGAUUCUUCAAGUGUCCGUACUCAAACCAAUUACAUACAUACACCAUGGGCAAAAGCAAGAGGUGCCUUAAAAUGGUCUCCGUUCAGUGACGAGUGA